GCUGGAUGUUUCUGGUGUUUGGAGUGUUUACAUCUACUGCAGGUACCAUGAAUCCUCCGAUGAUCAACUCGACCAACUUCGUCUCAACAACAAAAAGGAAACGAGAAGCCGAGCGUUCAGUCAACUGGUCGGUGGAGGAAACCCAGGUACUGCUUUGUGCCUGGAGCGAUGAGCGUGUUCAGAAGAGUUUGGCAGAAAAUCUCCGGAAUCGACAUGUUUUCAAGCACCUGUCAGCCCGCAUGAGUGAAAUGGGAUAUUCCCGGAGUCCACACCAGUGUCGGCUACGGGUCAAAACUCUGAAGGCUAACUACAUGAGAACCCGAUUACAGAGGAGCAUCAACAGCUCACAGCCCUGCACCUUUAAAUACUUUGCUGAGAUGGAUGCCGUGUUGGGCCGAAGAACGGAGGAGGGAGAUGGAGCACCCUGUUUGGUUUCACCUGAAGGGAUUGAGGAGCAUCAACUGGGCUCCAUUAACAGGACCGGGAGUAUCCCAGCAGACCUAAACCCAAAUACAGACAUCAACGAGCACCGCUUUAGUCCUUUAAAAGCCUCAGUAAGACAACAUCACAGUCCUUUAGAAAAGAAAGGAGGAUGCCCGUCCUGGCGCCUCGACUCUGAAGUCAAGCUGGAGGACAGAGGAGAGUUAACAGAUGAUUCUGAGGUCAGCAACACAGGAUUUCCACAGAACCUGAGAGAAAGACGGCAUGGAGUGUUUGGCAAACCCUCCAUUCAUCUUGAACCCAGUGGUUCAUCCAGAGAAAUUAUGUUGAGUCCUCCUUCCCCUCAUGUUGCACCUCCUCCUGCUCCCUCUGCUCCUCCUCCUGUCCUUCACUCUACCUCCUCUUCCUCCCUCCUCCACAUGAGCCACCCUCAUCCUGAGUCCCCCUGCCUGGAACCGGCCGUCCGACACCUGUCAGAGUGUUUCCAGAGCCUUGUGUCGGAGACCCGGGGUCUGUUGAUGCAGCUGGAGACCCAGAGGAUGGAGCAGGCCCGUUGGCACCAGGAGCUCCUGACCCAGUGGAUGCAGAGGGAGGAGCGUCGACAGAGGGAGGAGGCCGACAGGGAGGACCGCAGAGAGAAGGCCCGCAUGGAGCAUGAGAUCCGCGUCCUGGAGCUCCUCACCUGGUUGUCACAGGAACGAGGCUGUAGGUGUCGGAGUGCUGCUCCUGCCGGUUCCAAUCACACCAUCAGCCAUGAUGAAACCGUCACUCCAGACCCAAACUCAGGAGGAUCCAAAUGACCACACUGACACUGGCACUGAAACUAUAGCCCCUUUUACAUAGCACUUCUGUUCCAGGAAUAUUUCACCUUUAUUCCAGAGCGAUGUCUGUGUAAAUGAAAUAAAUGGUGGAUCAUUUGGUUCCACCUCUGUCAUGGCUCUGUAACACCUCUGGAGGAAGGAACAGAACCGUGAUAAAGGUGGAAUCAUGAUUCUGGAAUGCUAUGUAAAAGGAACACCUCUCGUUCUGCAGCCAAGGUGUGACAUUUUGAUGACGUACUGUGUGUGUGACCCCCACACCAGGGGAAUUUAAAAAUGAGCGCAAGCCGUGUACAGUAAACAAACAUAUCAACACGACCAUUAACUGAUGUCGAACUGGUGAGACGCCGAGAUCCGUGAGCUGUUGUCACUUCAGGCCGAGGACUCUAUCCAUGCUAACAUUGGUGGAACAGUGAAAGAUGGGCAAACUCUGGAGAGGUUAGCAACACCGCUAUGCUUAGGGGAUUUCUGAGUUAGACGUCACAUUAUACACUGCACUGUGCCACCACCCCUUUGAUUCCAGAACGCAGGUCCACUGUGUAAAAGUCCAGCCUGUCUCACCUCUGUUACUCCUUUGGCUUGGCUGUGGAAAUCAGUCCAUGGUGGAAAAAGGUGGGAUCACAUCUCACCUUUUUUUCAGGAUCUCUGUGUUAAAGUGGCUUGCAACUGCUGCAUUCAAGGGAGCGUAAAGGCCCGUUCAUGCUCUUAACGUAGUAAAUAGGUUUGUCUUUUUCAAACAGUGGAAACAUCACUGGCUUCAGAAUUAGAUGUGUUUAUAGACCGAUGCCACAUGACGUCAGGGGUCAUGUGAUUUAUGUUUAUGCGGCCAUAUUGGAAGGUAAUCCACAAGCUAGAAAGAGCCGUGCCAGGUUUGUUAGACAGAUAAUUGUACUUAAUAAUUGUAGCCAUGGUUGACUUUUGCACAGUAAUAGGCUGCUCAAACAGAGCGGGACAUGGUGAGAAGUCUUUCUACAGGACCCCCUCUGUUUUAACCAACCAGGGAGAAAAAUAUAAGGACCUCAGUGCCCAGAGACAGAGUACCGAGUAUGGUAGUAGACCUACGGUCUCCUGUCGGCUGUAAAUUACAUAUAACCAUUAAAAGUGGUGAACAAUAGUGAUGCAGCGGUGUAGGUUAUCAACGGUUUGGUACAUAUUGCGGUCCUUGCUUCGCGGUUCAGGCGCAAGGGCCAGCUCGGGCUUCUGGCUCGACAGGACAGCCGGCCUCUGAGUCCAGGCUGUGCUGUGAACCAUGACUGAAGAGCCACAACAGGUGACCCCAGGUCUACUUUGUGUAGUGGUAGUGAUAUGAAGAAAGGUUAAAAGAAAAAAGAAAAAAAAAGAUGUGUUUACACAUCUAAAAUAAUGAUUGUUUUGGUACAUAAUAUAGCUGAAAAAUGUAAAUGUUAUAAAUUUUAGGUGUUCCUGCUCCCACUCAGCAUGUGUCUUUGUAAGGGUCAAACCCAUCAGUCACAGCCAGUUUCUCAGCAUAGCAUUUCCUUUCAGCAGGGUUCAGAGUUUGAAAACAGUCUACCAUAUAUAAACAAUAAACUGUCACUAAUAACCUGUUUUAAAAUAUCUUAUCACUGAUAAAGCAGCUGCUAAACACACAGUCUGUCACUCUUGCUUCCACUCUUGCCUUCCAUGGUGGCGUAUCUGUUUACUUCCGGUAUUGAUGACGUAGGUGGCAUCGGGCUGUUGGGUUUGAAUGAGCAUUUGUCAAUCAAUCCACCAGAGGGCGCCGCUCUGAAUUAACAUACUGGCCCAACACCACGAAGAAGAGCAAAGUUUUUUAAAAAGUAGUAGAAGGGCCAGAUCAAGCAGUAGCAGAGGGACACAUUUCAUGUUCAAUAGUCUGUGUGUUUAAACUAAAUAACUUAUCUCCAUGUUUCACACAUGUAUAAGUAGGUCUCAGUAAGUACUUUCACAUGACACGUUAUAAUUUACAGAAAUACAAUUUUGGGGUACAAAUACUUAAAUUGCAUACAUACAAUACUUAAAUAACUUUUUUUUUUUUUUUACUUUACGCAAGGUUACAAAACAUGUUCUCAUUAGAAACUGAUCCUAAAUGAAACAUAGGGCUUUAGCUAUGAUGUUAAACUACAACUGUGAUCAAUAUUGGAUAAAAAUGUUGAAAUGAUAAGUUUUUAUGAACACAAAUAUGUGUGACACGGGGACAGCAGUUUGUCACUUUGUUCAGUAUCAGAAUAAAAGACUUUGCUGGAACUAAAACUCUACAAAUAUGCUAAUAAACUUUUAUUGAACAUACAUAUUAAAGCUGAAGUAAUAUAUACAGCUAAUAGCAGAGCGUAUUUGACUAAUAAUUAGAUUGAACAUAACCUUCCUGUAUUCUUGUACUGUUGAAUAAAUAGUUCCUACCGAUUCACAGACUUAAAAUAUCACUGAUACAAGCAAGAAAAAACAUUAGUAUUAAAGUUAAUAGUGCAUUUACAUAUAUUAGUCCUUUUUAGGUUUGAUUUUAUAUUGAUUAUAUCUUUUUUUCUACAAGUGAUACUGACAUUUUUUAAACAAUUCCAUAAAAUAGAGUUCUUAAGCUGAGAAAUUAGCCUAUUUGAGAAGUGAUGACACUGAUGUUCACUUUUGCUUGACCUGGCCCAGAAGACCAUCAAUAAUAACAAACAUGAUGAUAACAGAGGAGGUUUUACUAAUGUUGAUACUAGUUUUUCAUCAACUCACACAGUCACUCUUGGAAAAGUUCUGCCAUUUCUGGAAAUUAUUUUCCCCCUGUGGUUCCCAGUGGUACUGCAACGUAUUCUCUGUUUGGGUUCACAUCCACAAACUCCCAGAGGAUGGACAGAAAUACAGACAUAAUAAAGACAGAGGACAGACAGAACGCUCCGUCCAUAUACAUCAUCGUCGUCUUCUUUUCCUUUGUUCUCUUUCACUACAUCCAUAAACCUGCUCUUGUCAAUGUGUCUUUAAUGUAGAGCAUGAAUGGGCCUUAACGGUGAUUUGAAUAAACCUGGAAUGGAUGUAAAUUGGAGGAUUUGAAGGAAAUGAUCAAAUCUGUGCUGCACAUUAUUGGAUUUCAGUGUCUUUUAUCACAGAGAAAAACUCAUUCAACUCCCAAGGUUGCCCUUCUUUGCAUCCAGUUUCUAAUAAUUCACACAGACAUUCAGAGCUGAGUGACUUGUGUUUUGACUGAAUGCAGCACCUUUUAGAUAAAUUAUGUAACAUUUCUCACUUGUGUAUGUAAAGUUGACUCCUGCUCAGUGGAUAUGGGUCAAGUGAUUAACAGACUGAAUGGGGAGAGGGGGUGAAAGACAAAUAAAAUGUUAUUUUCUGAU